GUCCAAUCGCGACCGUUAGCCGGGGCCGGGCUGACUGACUGCGGUGGUAGUGGGAGAGGAGAAAAUCUGACCGUCCUGAUGUGAAAAGUCACGAUACCGCAGUCAAACCACACAACGCCCCAGCACAUGCACAGGCCUGCUACGGGAAAAAUAUGAAGUUGCUCAUGUGUGAAUGGUGAUGGACGUGUUGAACCACUGAGCGGGUAACCUGUGAACCUGGGCACACCUCGGUGCCUCGUACCGGCGUUACAGAAACCUCCGCGGGUCGCCAUCUUGCGAGUGGCCGUCUCUCUGCCACCUGCGAUCCUCCGCAGCGUCAGGCUCCUCCCCAUCGAGCGCUUCCCUGCCAGACCGCUCAGCUCCACCGCAUCCUCACCUCCCCGAGAGGGAGAGCGCAGCAGCCGCCAUGGUGCUGUCACAGAGACAAAGAGACGAACUAAAUCGGGCGAUAGCUGACUAUCUUCGUUCCAAUGGAUACGAGGAAGCUUAUUCUACUUUCAAGAAAGAAGCAGAGUUAGAUAUUAACGAAGAGGUAGAUAAGAAGUAUGCGGGGCUUUUGGAAAAGAAAUGGACCUCUGUUAUUAGAUUACAAAAGAAGGUGAUGGAGUUGGAGUCUAAGCUGAAUGAGGUGAAGGAGGACAUGACGUACGGAGGGCCUGUUGGUCAGAAGAGAGAUCCCAAGGAAUGGAUCCCCCGUCCCCCGGAGAGAUACGCCCUGAGCGGGCACCGUGCUCCGGUCACCCGGGUCAUAUUUCACCCGGUGUUCUCCGUCAUGGUGACGGCCUCUGAAGAUGCUACCAUCAAGGUGUGGGACUAUGAGGCAGGGGACUUUGAACGGACGCUCAAAGGCCACACGGACUCUGUGCAGGACAUCUCCUUUGAUCACACGGGGAAGCUGCUGGCUUCCUGUUCAGCCGACAUGAGCAUCAAACUUUGGGACUUUCAGGGGUUUGAGUGUGUCCGGACAAUGCACGGCCACGACCACAAUGUGUCGUCUGUAGCAAUCAUGCCAAAUGGUGACCACAUAGUUUCUGCCUCCAGAGAUAAGACCAUCAAGAUGUGGGAGGUGGCCACAGGGUACUGCGUGAAGACGUUUGCCGGCCACAGGGAGUGGGUGAGGAUGGUCCGUCCAAAUCAGGACGGCUCGUUGAUCGCCAGCUGCUCCAACGACCAGACCGUGCGCGUCUGGGUGGUCGCCUCCAAGGAGUGCAAGGCCGAGUUGCGGGAGCACGAACACGUAGUGGAGUGCAUCGCCUGGGCCCCCGACACCGCUCACCCCACCAUCCUGGAAGCUACAGGCUCAGAGAGUAAAAAGAGCGGAAAGCCUGGCCCCUUCCUUCUCUCCGGUUCCAGAGAUAAAACGAUCAAAAUGUGGGACGUCAGCAUCGGGAUCUGCCUUAUGACUCUGGUGGGACACGACAACUGGGUGCGUGGGAUAUUGUUUCAUCCCGGAGGACGGUUCAUCGUGAGCUGCGCCGACGACAAGACGCUCAGGAUCUGGGACUACAAGAACAAACGCUGCAUGAAGACCUUGUCUGCUCAUGAACACUUUGUUACCUCUUUGGAUUUUCACAAGACGGCUCCGUACGUGGUCACAGGCAGUGUCGACCAGACAGUCAAAGUCUGGGAGUGCCGCUGAGACCGCCACCAUCUCUCAUCCUGCCCUGCUUUCUCCAGCUCCCAGGAUAAAAACCCGAUCCCUGAAGCUCCAUCCCGACCGACGCUCCUCCUCCUCCUCCUCUUCCUCCUCUCUUCUGCCCUAACGUCCAGCCCUUCAACCUCUCGCACUCCGAAUCAUAGUUGACCAAUGCGCUUUUACCUUUUCCUCGCUCCUCUUCCUCCCUACGUCGAUCCAGCCCACCCCCCCAUAAAGAUGACUAUUGUCCUUUUUGUGUAAAUUAUUCUGGAUGUAGGGUACGCUUAAUAAAUGUCACGCAAUCUCUGACACAUAAACACACUCAAAAUGAUAAGAAGUAUCUUUGCAUGGUGACUCAAACAAAAAAUAAAAAAAAAGAGAAUUCAAUACUGUUAGAUUUACAAAUUUCCAUACUGUCAUGACUUCCCAUUGAGUCAAAGGGUAAAUGUGUGUGUGUGUGUGUGUGUGUGUGUGUUGGUGCAGAUGGGUUCUGGUUGACUGACUAAAGCCAAUGGCGCCUCUCUGUCCAAGGGGUUUAGGUUAUGUUAAGGUUUUGUUGAAUUUCUCUGCAUUUGCUACGUUUUUUUUUUUGGAGAAAUUAAACGAGAGAGGAUGUCGAAGCUGUUCAGCAGAAGUUGAAGGAAAUCAAAAAGUAAUAAAAAAAUAAAAAUCAAGCCAGAUGCAGCUUCUCACGUCCUUGCAUUAGGUUCAUGUCCUGUGAGUGCGUCUGUAUGUUUUCGACAGGAGAAUCUUUCCUCCGCUCCCAUAGGGAGACGAGGCCAGGCUAAGCUUCUCGCCACAUUUUCACGUUUCGUUCCUUUGAACCAACUCUCUUUGCAGCCGACGCCCGCUGGCUCGUAACGACCCCUGUACGAGCCCCCCCCCCGACACGGAAGUGUGUUUUUACAGAGGAAAAAAGACAGCUCAUCUGUUCAAGAGAUGUGUGUGUGUGUGUGUGUGUGUGUCUCUCCAGAGAAUCGCCCAGUGCCCUCUUACUAUCUCUGCCUUGAUAAACCCAUCCAGGGCUCUGUCGCACAGGAUCUUCAUCCGGCUUUCUGUGGUCUCACUGCUCUCUUUACACACGCAUACACUCACUAAUGCACAUACACGCACAGUAAAAGGUUGUGUAUCAAUAUAUCUGGAUGUCAUUGUUUGCAGCAUAAUGAAAUAAAAUUCUGUAAAUACAG